UAGUGAACGAUUCAGUGAUAGUUUGUGGUGAAGUGUGUCUGCUGUUGGAAACAUUUUGUGGAUUUAAACAUGGCCAGCCAACAGAUUUCCUCACUAAAAGCGGUCACGUGCAUCGUGCUGUUGCUUGCGAUAGUAUGCGGCCUGGUCGCAGGCUCCGCCAUGCCGCCAUUGUGCGAGAAUAGACUGAUCGAUGAGCUUCCGCCCAAGUUCCGGAAAGUGUGUGCCGCGCUAGAGAACUCGAACCAAUUCGCGGAAGCGCUGAACGCAUACAUACGGAAGGAGGCAGCUGGUAAUGCCUUUCUUUAUCUAGAUGACGAUAUGCUGGUACCGGGACAGAAUGGCAAACGGACGGAUGUGGAUCACGUGUUUCUGAGGUUCGGCAGAAGACGCUAAAUCGGAACCGCCCACCGGUGUGUCCUUUCGGCGCCUGCAUCCGAUUGCAUUCAACAACAUCCAGUGGACUAUGACACACGCGCGCGCACAAGUGAACAGUUUCGGUUGAUCGGUAGCAUCGUGUAAAGUGUAGCGAUCUUAAAUACUUGAAUAAGGCUAUUGAGAAUUCAUGGAAAUCUUAUUCUAUGCAGCUAUGGGCAAGGUGUCAGUCAAACAAUUAUUUUACGUUUCGUAUCCGUAGUUUGCACAAUUCGAACUGAACUCUCCAUUCCCAGACAGUGGUGCGGUCAUUAUGUAAUAUAAACCAGUAUUAAACAUCUAGUCCUAGAUCAGUCUAAAGAGAGUGUGUGUGGUGAAGCUGCACAGAGCAACAGACGUAGUCUUAUGCAUUCUUACAGUGGCUGUACAACAGGUAGGAAACCACUAAGAAUUCCAUAACUAAAAACUAAAAAACCCUUAUUGUAUUGUGUACCAUCAACGAAAAAUAAAAUUGAAAUAUUUUAUGAAA